GGACAGCUAUGUGCGAUUGAUACUCGGCAGAUGAUAGUCGACUGUGUGGGCAGGUGAUGCCCGGGACUAACUUGAAGCCUGCCUCGUCCUCACAUCAAGUCAUGAAGAAUCUCAGCGUGUUUGCAUUGAUCCUGCUGCUGGUCCACGGUUGUUUGGUACAUGGAGACAGCAGUUCCCCACGCUUACGAUUGCGCCAUGGGCCUAACAAGGAACUGAUUCUACAGACCGAUAUUGAACAUGACGAAGAGGAGACAGAUGGCUUGUCCGUCCGGAAGCGCUGCGAAUGUCGCUGCCGCAGGGUCUACAACAACGAAUGGGAGUGCUGUUCCUGUCCCUGGACAGACCAGAUUUGUUUCCCAGGUGACGCCACACUUACACUGGAGGAUGGCUCGGAUAUCCUGAUGAAGAACCUCAGAGCGGGGCACAAGGUGAAAACAGUUGCCAAUGGCAUGGAGACCCAUACCGAGGUAAAAACCUUUCUGAAACGCCAGCCAGCAAAGAGCGCCCUCUACCUGACGAUAUCCACCGCAACCGGGUCAAGCCUUACUCUCUCCGGGCGCCAUCUUGUUUUCGUCGCUACCAGCAACAUGACAGGGAGCAUGUCACCACGGUUCGCCCUGACCGUCAAGCCCGGGGAUUACCUGUUCUCUACGGGGGACUGUGGUCAGCCUCUGUGUCCGGCUCUGGUCACCCACAUUCAGCCGGUCGUCAAAGAAGGCGUGUAUGUGCCACUUACAGAGGAAGGAACGGUUCUUGUUGAUGGAAUCUUUGCUUCGUGUUACUCCUCUGUCGACCAUCAUAUCGCGCAUGCGUUCACGGCGCCUUUCCGGUGGUUUCCAUGGCUACUCAGUUCAUGGCAAAAUGACGGCUAUAGCCCACUUGUUGAUUGGCUGAAGCAGCUUGGUCACAUGAUCUUACCUACAAACCGUCAGUUUGAAGAAGUUGGGAAUCCAUCUCUCCCUCAAGUUCGUAUAGAAUUGUAAAUUCCAAUUGCCUUUCAGGAGGAUGUUUUGAAAAACGGUUUUAAAUGAUUAUAUUGACGAUAUCAUCACUAUAAAAACGUAUUCAUAUAGCAUUAUUUAGUCGAACCUCAUUUUGCCUACAUGUAUGUGGUAGCAUCUGGGCAUUUGUACAGUUCACAGGUCACAAAUCAGGUGGCAACAUCGGUCGCGGAGAGUAGGUGGAUGGGUGACCGCGUUACGCUGCACAACACUGAAGCACAUGUAGUACAUGUGUUUCACUAGGCAUUAUGCCUCUGUUCACACAGCACUGAAUGGGUACCCGGCAGAAUGAGAUGGUAAUGUGGAUGUUAACAUUCUAGCGCCUCACUGGCAGCUUCGGUGGUGUACUGCCCAGGAAGCUGAGAAUGAAAACACUGCACACGUGCACACUGAUCCAUUUAUCAGUAAUAAUGUAGCGCUUUGAGCAAGCUUUAAUGUGUGGAUUUGGCGCAUUAU